AUGGCGGAGAAAUUACUGGUAAAAGAGCUGGGCCCUGAUCGACCUCCACUCACAAUAAAACAGAUUACUCGCGACGACAAAGGGAAGUCGCACACGCGCAGCUUCUCCAGUGACUGGUACGGCAGGAAGACUUGGCUCGCUGGGAGCGCUCACGUGAACGCGCUAUUCUGCUUCCCGUGCUUGCUUUUUAAAGGCCCGGGGACGGACCUCUCGUGGACCGGUGUAGGAGUGCAAGACAUGAAGCACCUGUCUGAAAAAGUGAGAAAGCACGAGAACACCGGGCUACACAUGGGUAACGCCAUGAAGCUGGCCGUCCUAGGCGGAGCGAACGUCGCCACCCAGCUGGACGACGGGCACCGGACCGCGGUGAGGAAACACAACGAGGAGGUCGAUAAAAACCGGCGGACUUUAUCCAAGAUAAUCGAUUGCGUAAAGUACUGCGGGGCUUUCGAGUUAGCCCUGCGCGGGGGCGAGGAGAGCGACUCCUCGGACAACCCCGGCAUCUUCAGGGGACUGGACUUCGUUGCGUCGCUGGACGGCGUGCUGGAGGAGCACCUCAAGACGGCCAGCGUGUUCAAAGGCAUGUCGAAGACGGAGCAGAACGAGCUGCUGGAGUGCAUGCUGUCCGUCGUGAAGGACCACAUCCUGGAGGAAGUGAGGGGCGCGGAGUGCGUCGCCGUCCAAGCGGAGCGGACCACCGACGCGUCGGCCCACUGCCAGCUGGUGCUCGUGCUCCGCUACAUCGACGCCGGCGGCAACGUCCGCGAGCGCUUCUUCGAGCACGUCACCGUCCGCGACGCGACCGCCGACGGCGUCGCCGCCGCGCUGCUGGGGAGGCUGAGCUUCAUACUCCCGGGCGGGCACGCGGACAAGCUGGUGGCGCAGGCGUACGGCGGCAGUGGCGCCGCCGGGGGCGGUGUGCAGCGCAAGGUGUCCGAGGUCUACCCGAACGCUCGCUACGUGCACUGCUACGCGCAUCCGCUGGACCUGGUCGUGCGGCACGCGACGUCGCACAUCCCCGGCGUCGGCGCCUUCUUUGCGGACCUCGGCGGGUUCUCCGCCUUCUUCUCCGGGUCGCCCGAGCGCGCCGCGGCGCUCGGGCGGACGGACGCGACGCGGUGGGACUUCCACAACCGCGCGGUGGACACCGUGUACGAGCACAGGGCUGAGCUCCUCGAGUGUUGCCAGGCCAUCAGAGACUCCGGCAACUUUGACCCCUCGACUAUCAGAGGGGCGGGGGGCUUGGAGAAGAUGCUUGAAGACGAGAAUUUCGUUUUCUUCCUGGGUUUGUUCCACAGGAUCAUGCCAAAUGUGGACAUGCUGUCCACCCAGCUGCAGAAGAAGGACAUCGAGCCGGUGUUCAUUGAGGCACUGGUCGAGAAGUUCACGGAGAGCAUUCAAAAAAUCAGAGCCUCCAUGUCCUGUCUGUGUGGGGACAGUGAGUCUGACCAGGAGCCCAAGCCCAAAAAACAAUGUAGGAUGCAGGGACCAGGAGAACAACACAGGGUGGCUACAGAGGUGUGUGACGCCAUACUGAUGCAGGUCGAGGAGCGCUUCGCCUACACCCAGCACCUCAUCAGCGCCACUCUGCUGCUUGCAGAGCUUUUCCCACAACACAGCGUGCACUUCCCCAAUAUGGCCCUUGACACCACAGCGGCGGCUUACCCCGUGUUGAACAAGGCCAAGCUGAAAACUGAGCUGUCCUUCAUCUACGACAACAGCGAGUUCAAGGCUUGCAGCGGCGCGGUGCCUUUGUACCAGUUUUUCAUAGCAAACGACCUUCAGAGCACCUUCUCGGAGACUGUCCGUCUUCUCAGGAUCCUCAUCACCACACCCAUGACCACGGCGGAACCCGAGAGGUGUUUCUCUACUCUGAAGAGGAUCAAGACCUUCCUGAGAAACAAUGUGACACACGAUCGCCUCAAUGCGCUGGCCAUGCUCUCCAUGGAGAAGCAACUUCUCAGGGACAUUCCUGACUUCAACAAAAAGGUCAUUGAGAGGUUUCUUUGCCACUUGGAAAAAAGGAAGAGCGAAAUUCCUCUUAAAAUAAUUUGCAUGUUUCCUCACAACACUGAUUUGGUGUUAAUAGGGAACUCUCAAUAAAUGUUUUAUAUUCUACUGAAAUGCCCGAGUACAGCAAUUGUUUUGCAUUGAAUCAUUAUGGGAUUUUUAAAAUUUUAAUGGAUGGCCCUACCUUGAACAUUUCAGGAUCCACCCUUACCUGCAACAAUACGUUGAGGUCUAAGUCCAAAUGUAAGAUGGCAGAAGUAGUCAAACGUGUUAGAAAUUAAUUUAACUUUACACUGUUAAUCACGAACACGCAUGUCAACACAUGCUUUUACCCAACAUUCAUCCAACAAAUGAGUCAAAGAG